AUGUCACUUCAGGGCAAGGUGUAUGCUGUUACAGGCGGUGCGAGUGGCAUAGGCUUUGCAACAGCCAAACUCAUCUCGGAACGCGGGGGAACAGUGUGCAUUGCCGACGUUAAUGCAGAUUGCCUCGGCAAUGUUGAGUCGUACUUCUCUGCCAAAAGCCCCUCUGUUGAAUUCAUGAUCACCCAAGUCGAUGUUUCGAACAAACAACAGGUUGAGAACUGGAUUGCCGACAUUAAGACGAAAUACCAUCGGCUCGAUGGGGCAGCCAACAUUGCCGGUGUUAUCGGAAAGGACCAUGGGAUCAAGACGGUGGCAGAAUUGGAAGAUGACGAAUGGAAUAAAAUCAUCAGUGUGAAUCUGACAGGAACGAUGUAUUGCCUCCGGGCAGAGCUCAACCACAUUGUGGACGGUGGCUCAAUCGUCAAUAUGGCGUCCAUCCAUGCCACCACGGGCGUGGCAAACCAUGGUGCGUAUGCAGCGAGUAAACAUGGUGUUUUGGGUCUUACUCGAGUUGCUGCAAAGGAGAAUGGUCACCGGGAAGUUAGGGUUAAUGCAGUUGCUCCGGGACCAAUCUAUACUCCAAUGAUGCAAGGGUUUUAUGACCGAAUCGAACGACCGUCUGAUGCGCCGUUUGAUGACCCUAUCGCUUUUAAACGGCAGGGCACUCCUGAGGAAGUGGCUAAGGUGGUUGUAUUUUUGCUGGGGCCGGAAAGCUCUUUCGUGAGCGGAAGUUGUUACCCGGUUGAUGGAGCCUGGGUUUGA